AAAAUAUUUUAAGAACAUUUAAUAUGCCAUUACACAUAAAGCAAGGAUAAUUUCUAUAGCACUUUCAGAUGCAGUAAAAAGUAGACUCAACAGGUUUCCCAACUUCCGGUCACGAUGACAUCCAGGAGGCCAGUCCAACCCUCGGCCCCUACAGACGACCAACCCCCCAGCUAUGGUUGGCACCCUACGGUCCUUACAGACAACCAACCCCCUAGCUAUGGUUGGCAACCUACCACACCUACCGAUGACCCUCCGGUGAAUUACGGUUGGCAGCAGUCAGUUGUGACACAGCCACCAUCAGUUCUGCAACGAGAUGUAUCCCAAAGGCUGCCACCCCCACCCCCGCCCAUGCCCCAAGCAAACGAUCCCUGGAUGGCGCGGGUGGGGCCCAUGGCAUGGUGUCCCCCGGGGCUGGAGUACCUGACCCAGCUGGACCAGGUCAUCGUCAAGCAAGACAUCGAGGUCUUGGAACUAUUGUUCGGCGUUGAGACAGAAAACUCGUACAAGAUUUUAAACAGAGAGAACCAACAAUGUUACAAGGCCCUAGAAGAAUCCGGAUUUUUAGCUCGCCAAUUUUGUGGUAAUAAACGCGGCUUCAAGAUUUUUAUUCGGGAUAAUUUUAAUCAGACUGUCAUCACCCUGACUCGGCCAUUCAAGUGCUGCAGCUGUGGCUCUUGCUGCGCGUGUGAAGAUAUGUGCCAGGACGAGAUAGAGGUCACAUCAAACGGUUAUGUCCUAGGGUCUGUUCGUCAAAACUGGGCAUGUUGUAGUCCUCUGUUUUCUGUCAUGGACCAGCACCAAAACCCACAGUUUGAGAUUGUUGGCCCCGUUUGUACCUUCACACUUUUCAAUAAAUCGAUAGAGUUCACGGUAAACAGAACACAGGACGGAAGGGAGAUUGGCGCCAUAUCAAAAUAUCGCGGGAACAUUGCACGCGAGAUGUUUACAGAUGCUGACACUUUUGGAGUCACGUUCCCCAUUGAUUUGGAUGUCAGAUUGAAGGCUUUACUGCUCGGCUGCGUCUUUCUGAUCGAUUUUAAAUACUUCGAAGACACCCCGUCAAGAAGAAAAAAACAUAGAUAAAUAUAUAGUGUUUGUUUAGAUUGGACUCGGCACGCUCCACAACUUACGGAUGGAUGUCACCAUGGCUUGCUUUAUACAGGAUCAAUUUAUUGUCAUCGUAUUUUAACACAGUCUAUGAUUUGCUUCAAUUUAUACUUUGUUUUUAUGAAGCUGAAAUAGAUGUUAAAAUUAAUACACUCAACAGUAAAAAAAAAAUUCCAUCAAUAUAUAAUAAUAUAUUACUAUUUAAAUAAAUAACAAUAAAGAAAACCGUAGGUUUAAUAGAUAAUAUCGUAUUUUUUAAAAUUAUUGGAUGGUUUUGUAUGUAGGUUAUAUUUUAAAAGACAUCAUAUUAAUUUAUAAAAUUAAAUAUUUUCUCUUUACGAUUAUAAACGUGUUUCUGCAAACAAAACUGUACACAUUCUAUAAAUCCUGGAUUCCUAUCUCUCAACUACUUUAUUCACAAAUUAUCCUAAUUAUAAGAAAAGAUUUAUGGUUAAAAAUCAUUUAUAUAAAAAAAAUAUUUCUAGUUUAUUUUAUGGAAUAUU